UUUCCAGCAGAGUGCGCCGCGUGCGCUCCACUCACCGACUAAUCGCCGCUUUUAUAUUCCAGAUAGAUUAUAGUCGGGCAAUUUGCAUUUCUCUAAAGCUAAACAAUAUACUACGUGUUUACCUAUACACAUACCCGUAAUCCGUAAUCACAGACGAAUCAGAAUCGUUCCGGGGAGAUGCUCCUCAGUGCUGUGGUGUCUCUGUCUCCGUCUGGGCGGCCCCAAAACGGGAAACGAUAGUCGCGAGUAAAUAUUUGGCCCGGGGCUUAAGUCCAGUGACACGCUGUAAACUGAUAAUAAAAGUGUACUAAAAGAGUUACACACUCCACUCCCGUGGUAUUGGAGGUGGUUCCAGGUUGCCAAUAGAGAGAGAGAGAGAGAGAAAGAGCCGGAAUGAAGCGCACACCCAAAUUGCACGAGGUGGGGCGGGCCUACUCGGAGAUGUCGCCCCUCAAUCCGGGCUCUCCGCCUGCACCGGUGGCCAGUACCAGCGGCUAUGGAAGCAUUUUUCCCUUCGGCCUGCUGCGCGGCUCCUUCGGUCGCGGCGGUAAUGCUGCGGUUCAGAACAUAAAUCGCUACGGAGAAUCCAUGGGUUCGCUGGGACAUCGCGCCUUGCUGCAGUUCAUCGAUAAUAAUGAUAUCUCCGGGCUGCGCGCCAUCCUUGACAGCCGGCAUCUAAACAUCGAUGAUCGGGAUGAGAAUGCCACCACCGUGCUGAUGGUUGUGGCCGGACGGGGUCUCACAGCAUUCGUUCGGGAAUUCCUGGCACGCGGCGCCGAUGUCCAGGCCGAGGAUCUGGACAACUGGACCGCUCUGCUGUGUGCCUCCCGCAAUGGGCACUUUGAUGUCGUCCAACUUCUACUGGAUCAUGGCGCUGAGGUCGAGCAUCGCGAUAUGGGUGGCUGGACGAGUCUGAUGUGGGCCGCCUAUCGGGGGCACACGGAACUGGUGCGGCUGCUGCUGGAAAAGGGGGCCGAUGGCAAUGCGCAUGGCAACUACCACUUGGGGGCCCUGCUCUGGGCGGCGGGACGGGGUUUCAAGGACAUUGUGGAGCUACUGGUGCAGUGCGGUGCCAAGGUGAAUGUCGGCGACAAGUACGGAACGACAGCCCUCGUCUGGGCCUGUCGACGGGGCAACGUGGAGAUCGUGGACACUCUGCUGAAGGCCGGUGCCAAUGUGGACACUGCUGGGAUGUACUCAUGGACUCCACUGUUGGUGGCAGCUGCCGGUGGACACACGGACUGCGUGAGUUCCAUUCUGGAGAAGAAGCCGAAUGUGAAUGCUCUGGAUAAGGAUGGAAUGACGGCCCUGUGCAUCGCCAGUCGUGAGGGAUUCCAGGAUAUUGCUGCCUCCCUGAUAGCAGCCGGCGCUUACAUCAAUAUCCAGGAUCGUGGGGCGGACACGCCCCUCAUUCACGCCGUAAAGGCCGGUCAUCGCACCGUUGUGGAGGCGCUGCUGAAGAAGCACGCAGACGUGGAUAUCCAGGGCAAGGACCGCAAGACGGCCAUCUACACGGCCGUGGAGAAGGGCCACAUCCAGAUCGUGAAGCUGCUGCUAUCCACGAACCCCGACCUGGAGUCGUCCACCAAAGACGGCGACACACCGCUCAUGCGGGCCGUGCGCAAUCGCAAUCUGGAGAUAGUCCACAUGCUGCUCGACCGCAAGGCCAAGGUGAUGGCCGCCGAUAAGCGCGGCGACACCUGUCUGCACAUAGCCAUGCGGGCGCGCAGCAAGGCAAUAGUGGAGGCGCUCCUGCGCAAUCCCAAGCACAGCCAGCUCCUGUAUCGGGCGAACAAGGCGGGCGAGACGCCCUACAACAUCGACACCCUGCACCAGAAGACGAUACUCGGCCAGGUGUUUGGGGCCAGGCGUCUCAACACCAACGAGGACUCCGAGGGCAUGCUGGGCUACGAGCUGUACUCCUCCGCCCUGGCAGAUGUGCUCAGCGAGCCCACGCUGACGACGCCCAUCACCGUCGGACUCUACGCCAAGUGGGGCAGCGGCAAGAGUUUCCUGCUCAACAAACUGCGCGACGAGAUGAACAACUUUGCCAAACAGUGGGCCGAGCCGCCGGCCAAGACCAGCGGCCUCCUGUUCAUCGUGUGUCUGCACGUGGCGUUGCUCAUCGGCACCAUUGUCGGGCUGAGCACCUGGUCGACGGUCUGCGGCGUGUCAUCUGCCGCAGCCUUCAUGCUGGUGGCCUACCUGUUGCUGGCGGCUGUGAAAUACUGCAACUACCAGAUGGACAUGCUCUGGGCCUAUUCCGUGCAGCAUGGUCUGGAGAAGCGAAUGACACGGCUGCGCCUCAUCCUGCAGGUGGCAUUCUGCCACCCGCCUGGCCCCCAGUCCGAUUCCCAAGCCAAGCCGGUGCGCUUCCACUUUGCGGAGGCCAACAGUGCAUCGCCGACGGGCGACGGAGCCGUGGCCCACAUGCUGGCGGCCCUUCUGGGUGCCUUGGAGUCACACUACGGCUGGCUGGCCACCCGCCUGUACCGCGCCUUCCGCCCCAAGUGCCUCAAGGCGGACGUGGGCUGGCGCUGGCGGCGCAUGUGCUGCAUUCCCAUUGUCGUAAUCUUCGAACUGGCGCUGGUCACCCUGGUAACUGGCAUCUCCCUAAUCGUGGCCUACUUCACGUACGCCAAUGCCAAGGAGCGGGAGCAGAUCCAGGUGGUGCUCUAUGUGGUGGCCGCCAUCCUGGGCACCCUCAUCUGCACGCACCUGCAUGUUCUGGCCAAGGUAUGCGUCGCCCUGUUCACCUCCCACAUCCGGCAGCUGAAGCGAGCGGUGCGCACCAGCGAAACGGCACCCCUGACGAUGCUCGGCGCCGAGGUUGCGGUGAUGACGGACAUGGUCAAGUGCCUGGACUCGUUCACCAAUCAGCAGAGCCGGCUGGUGGGCGUGAUCGAUGCCCUCGACUCAUGCGACACGGAACGCAUCCUCACCCUGCUGAACGCCGUCCAGACGCUGCUCUCCACGCCGAACCGUCCCUUUGUGCUGCUCAUUUCGGUGGAUCCCCAUGUGAUUGCCAAGGCGGCGGAGGCCAACAGUCGACGCCUGUUCACCGAGGGUGGCAUCGGGGGCCACGACUUCCUGCGGAACCUGGUCCAUCUGCCCGUCUACUUGCAAAACUCCGGGCUGCGCAAGGUGCAGCGAGCCCAGAUGACCGCCCUGCUGUUCAAACGGAGUGGCGGCGGCGGUGAGUACCAGAACGACGAUGGACCCACCCUGGGGCACUCUGUAUCCGCGCGACGUCUGUCCAAUGCCUCGGAGAUAGUUUCGAGCCAGGAGAAACUGCGUGGGCCGGCACGACCAGGCGGGGCCAAGAAGCUGCGCCUCUCCGAGUCGGUGGCCAGCUCGACGGGCUCCAAUCUGCAUCGCCUGGGUCAAAAUCCCCAGGGUGUGCUCGACCUCUCGCGGAUAGUGCUCACCGAUGACUACUUCAGUGACGUGAAUCCGCGCAGCAUCCGGCGGCUGAUGAACGUCAUCUACAUCACGGUGCGGCUGCUGAAGGCCUUCCAGAUUGACUUUAGCUGGUACCGUCUCAGCUCCUGGAUCAACCUGACGGAACAGUGGCCCCUGAGGGCCAGCAUGAUAGUGCUCCAUCACGACCAGUUCAUGGACACCAAUGCGGAUGAGAAUGUCUCCCUGCAGAGCGUAUACGAGAAACUGCGGCCCAAGCUUGCGUAUUUGCGAGAGGCUGCACCGCUUCUGGAGCUGGAUCGGGAUGAGCGGAAGCUGGAUGCCUUCCUGCAGCUCCACAAAUCGGACUUGCUUGUGGCAGACUUGCGCAUCUUUCUGCCCUUCACCAUCAAUUUGGAUCCGUAUUUAAGGAAGGUUCUGAAGGAGGAUCAGCAGACGAUUGAGGAUGAGAGCUCGCUUGUAAUCCAAAACAGACCGAGCGUAUACAACCAAAUGCGUCAACAGCCAGCGCCCACCACAUAUGUGCCUUCGCCACAGCCACAGCCCUAUCCGCCCUACCAAGUGUUCCAGAACGAUUUUGUGCCCAACGAGAUGCGAUCGAGGAACCUCAGCUCAAGUACGGAGCCCGUAUCGCCGCUGAUUGCCUCGCCAAGCGAUUCCUUUGGCGAGGACAUAUUGCUGACGCGUCUCACGGAUCUGACAGUGGAGGGUGUCAUCAGCCUGCUAGAGCGCAUUGAUGACAUGAAGCCGGCCAUGACGAAGCUGGCGCCGGUGCUCCGUGAUAAUGCCAUCAAUGGACGCGUACUAAAGCACUGCGAUAUGCCAGAUCUCAAAUCGGUGCUGGGCCUGAGCUUUGGCCACUGGGAGCUGUUUCGCCUGCUGAUCACAACGCUGAGGGAAUGCGAGCGACAGCCGAGGAAGCAGAAUCGCGCACUGCCGCAGGUCGCCGCUGUGGAGGCGCCGCCAGUUACUGUUCCCAUGAUCAAGGACGUGACGGAUGCCCUGGUGCCGCCGCGCGAGUCCUUGUCGCGCAAGAACUCGGUCAGUCACAUGGAGAAGCAGGUCACACUGGAGGAGCAAAUGAUUUGCGGCACUUUGCAAACGCUCAACGAGGAGGCGUACGAGGACGUGGCCAGCAGUGAGCGACCCAGUCCCACAGGUGAGAUGUUAGCUACAGCCUCACAACUGCAAUUGGCACCCAUACGCGAGUCCUCCGAGUUCGGCUCGCCCUCCGACGAGCUGAAGCUGACUAGCAUCCUGCAGCACCAUGCCAAGACUCAGAACAACAACAACACGCACGCGGUGCCGGGCUCGUACUUGCAUGCCGAUUACAAUCGCAGCGCCAGCUCCCAUUCCCUACAGAGUCUGGGCGCUGGUGGUGGCAAUGGGGGCAACGGUAACGGUAACGAGUAUUGCGGUAGCACCUUCGAUCUUAUGCAUGUAGAAUCUGUCGGUGGCGGUAUCAAUGAGAUGCAUCGUGCUGCGGCACGACAAAUCUCGAUUAGCAGCGAGCGGCUAACCGAACCCAGCUCUCUGCCCCUGCCCCUGGUGGUGGUUAUACCCAAUGGCUCCUCGGGGGAGCAGCACUACGACGACACAAAGCUGUGAGAUGUCCAGUCUUUGCCGUC